AUGGCCACCCCGCCCAAGAGGAGCUGCCCGUCCCCCGCAGGCGGCGCCGGGCGGGCCCGCAUCAAGAAGAUCGCCGUCGAAGGCAACAUCGCUGCAGGGAAGUCAACAUUUGUAAAUAUCCUUAAGCAAGUCUCUGGUGAUUGGGAAGUGGUUCCUGAACCUAUUGCCAGGUGGUGCAACGUUCAGAGCACUCAAGGAGAAUUUGAGGAACUGACAACUUCUCAGAAAAGUGGCGGCAAUGUGCUUCAGAUGAUGUAUGAGAAACCAGAACGGUGGUCUUUUACCUUCCAAACCUACGCCUGCCUGAGCAGGAUCCGAGCUCAGCUCUCUGCUCUCGAUGGGAAGCUCAAAGAGGCCGAGAAGCCUGUGUUGUUCUUUGAGCGCUCUGUGUACAGUGACAGGUACAUUUUUGCAUCUAAUUUAUAUGAAUCUGAUUGCAUGAAUGAAACAGAGUGGACAAUUUAUCAAGACUGGCAUGACUGGAUGAACAACCAGUUUGGUCAGAGCCUUGAACUGGAUGGAAUAAUUUAUCUUCGAGCCAUUCCAGAGAAAUGUUUAAGUAGAAUAUACUUGAGGGGAAGAGAAGAAGAACAAGAAAUUCCUCUUGAAUACCUAGAAAAGCUCCACUAUAAACAUGAAAGCUGGCUCCAGAAUAGAACACUGAAAACCAACUUUGAUUAUCUACAAGAGAUACCCAUCUUAACACUGGAUGUUAAUGAAGAUUUUAAGGACAAACAUGAAAAUCUCAUUGAAAAGGUCAAGGAAUUUUUGAGCACUUUGUAAUAUUACAGAAGACAGUUGGCAGCCAAUUGAUUCUGAAUACUUCAGUUUUGUGCAUUUUCAUCUUUGCUGUAACUACAACAAAAAAUAUGAGCCAUAAAUGAUCUCUGCAAUAUUUUUUCUUUAGAAAAUAUGUGUAAAAGAUGAUGACCACGUUUUUGGCAUCUUGUAACUAUGGAAACCUUUAUGAAAUUACAUCACAAAAACACUGACCUCAGUGUGAACCAAGGCAGCUUUAAACUAUGUCAGGAAUCCGUAAUAGGAGGGUCUCCAUUUUUAAAAUUGCAGUGUCUCUUCUCUGUCCCCUAAUUUAUAUUAUAAGUAAGGCAAAAUAAGGUGCAUUAACUCAUCACAUCAUUGGUAUUUAUUGUUGUGUUGUCUAUGAAGCUGUUGCUAAACAAGCAGAUGGCUCUGCUCCCAAGUUUGGCCACUGACAGAUGGAAAGUCAUUUUGUAUAGUUUACUUGAUCUUUUCUGCAAUUUAGUUUCUUCAUCUGUAGCAUGGGGGAGAUUUCUUCCCAUCUUUCAUGUUAAUAGGAAUAUUGAGGAUUUAAGACAUAACGUUUUAAGAACUAGUUGUUUGAUGAGUAUAAGCUGUUCAUAUGGAACCCAUGUUUAGGUGCCUCCUAAUUUCCAUCUCAUCUGCCCUUUUAGAAGAGGAGACGAUUAUUAUAGAUAUUGAAUUAUUUAAAAUAUGAUGACCCUUAAAUAAUUCAGGGGAUUUACUAGCCGUAGAUGAUUUUCCAUUUCAUAUAGGUUAGGUUUAAUCCCAUACAUUUAGUCAUAGGUGUUGAGGGGAAGAUGUCUGACUCCAAGACAGAUGAUGGUCUUUCUAGCUUGAAGAUACUUGGAAUGACUGGGUAGUCGGUUAGACUUUAAUGAAUGACAGAAAAGACUUUGCAUCUGCACAUUUCUAUUUACUUCGAGGGCACUAAGUUCUCACUUUAAUUUGCUUUGCUCUAAAGUAUUGUUUUCCUUUGCAAGAAAUUACCCAUGAAACCGAUCAGUUUUCUCUGCAACCAUUGUUUCUCUUUGAUGAUCUGGGUGAUGAACUAAGCAUGAAAGCUCCUUUAAGAAAACGUUUCGUUAAUUUAUAUUUUGUUCUCUGCAAGACUGAGAUUUAAAAAAUCUGCACACAUUCAUGUUAGGUCUAUGUAUAAUUAAAAUGUUUUCCUGUCAUCUUGGGAAGUAAAAUGUUUGCUAAGCAUAUGUAGCAUUCUCCUUUAGUGGGUUUCAAGAAUAUCUUAUUAAGAUAUCAUUUUAAAAAAUUCAUUGCUUUGUAGUUUUGGUGUUACUUGUUGUCUUGAAAUUUUUUAUCUUGUAAUCUUGCUAUUCACUUUGGUAUUAAGUAUUCAUUUAGUAUUUAGUAUUAAUGGAUUUCAAAUGCACUGAUUUUCAUAAAAGGGGCUUGGUUUCAAGCACCAAAAAUAUUAUUAAAAUAUCUAUAUGUUGUGUGAGUUGUUUUUAUUUUUCCACAAAUUGUUUUGUCUCCUUAGGUUAGAUAUUCGCAUUGAGGUUAUAAAUUCAUCGUGAGAUAAAGUUGGAUUUAAAACUUUAUUUUUAAAAACCUUUUGGGGAAAGACUUUUUUUUUUUGGUAAAAAGGCGGCAGUCUUCUGUAUGAAUUGUUUGUUUAUUAAUGAGCUGUCUACUGUUUCAUUGAACAUACUGGAAAUCUUCAGUCUUAAUGAGUAUGUAUUUUCCCAUUUGAAGAAGAGACUGGAGAGGGAUUCUUAAAGAAUCCUGUGCAUGCUUUGACUCAGAUGAGAGAGAGAAGAGUUUCCCAAGCAGUGUGGGAAUAACAAGAUGAAGCCCAGCUGUGAAAUCCAUUCCAUCUUUCCCUGGGUCUCUUUACUAACUCUCAAGUAACUAACCAUGUGUAGAUAAUUCGGAAUAUGAACGAACCUCCUCGUAGAUUAAAUUAAUUUCCUGCUGCUUAGUGAUGUCUCAGGUAGCUGCUGACUGACUAAACGUGGCUUCUAUGGAUUCUGGGGCCAGUUCUCCAAGCUACAGCAGACUUUAGCUUCCAUGUGCACAUGAACUUUAGGAGGAUCAUUCUGUGUCCGUCCGUGCGUAGGUACUUUAGAGUUCACCUUUCCUAGUUUUCUCCUAAGCACCAAAUUGUCCAAAAUAUCCUGUGUGCAGUUGCUAUGCAUUCUAGUCUUCCCAUUUAAUAUAUAUAGGAUAGGAAUAUGGACUACACCUUUGGCUCCUAUAGGGAAUUUCUGGUUGAUGAAACUCCUUACAAUGCAUCUUCUCUGCAAUUUAUAACUCGAAAAAUUGUUUAGAUCACCGAAUGAAUGAAUAAAAAAGCAUUUAUUAAGAGCCUACUAUGUGUUAGGUACUAUAUUAAGUGCUAAGGGUGCAAAUAUAAAAAGCUAAUUGGUCCCUGUUUUCAAGGAACUUAUAGUCUAAUUAGAGGAGACAACAAAUGGAAUAUUAACUGCAGGGUGGAUGGAAAACCCCAGAAGGCCUAAGGGUUCAGUGGCAUGGCAGAUGAAAGAUUCAAGGUCCCUUAAGUUAUGUCAGUAAGGGGGUCUGUAGGAGGUAGAGGCAGGACAGAUGGUGAUGCCUAGUGGUCUUCCAGCUUGCCAGAAGGAAUGGAGUUGGUAACUCCCAUGUCACUAACCCUGGAUGGGUUCUGGCGGACUGGGCAAGGGAGCAGGGGGGAGUUAGGAAGGAUGCCACUGAUGGUAGUGUUGUUUUCUGCUGUCCUGAUGGGUCAGCCUGGAUUCCAAGGGGAAGGGAAAGUGAUGGCAGAUUGCUGCCUCCAUUGCCAUGCUAAGGGUUACACAGUCAAUAUGUUUCUGUAUUUAUAGUUAAUAAAGUGCUUCAAAGUUUUCCUUUAGAGCAUACUAUUUAAACCUUAAACCACAGAAUGCUUUAAUAGUUUUGGGGUUUUCAAAUGACCAGGCAGAUUCUUCUACACAUACACCUUUUUUUUUUCUUAGAAAAGAAUUUAUAAUCUUUAAGUUUGUGCUUUGUUUUCAGGUUAGGAUAUCAAUUUAAGAUUUAAUUAAAGUAACCAAAUUAGUCUUUUCUCGAUAGUUUAUAUGCUGCCCUAGAAUAUUUUUUUUCAUUUUUAAACUCUGAACUUAAAAGCGUUUUCAUAGACUUUGUGGAAUUGUAGAGGAUUGUACAUGAAACUUAAAAUAUCCAUUGUAUAGAGCUUGCUUUUCUUUUAAAUAUAUAAUAAAUUUUAACAUGUAAUGCUCAA